AUGUUCGUGAGAGCUGUUGAUGUGACUCUGGACCCUGAUACAGCAAACCCCUGGCUCAUCUUGUCUGAGGACAGGAAACAAGUGAGAUGUGGAGUCAUAUGGCAGGAUCUCCCUGACAACCCAGAGAGGUUUACAUACUGGGAAAGUGUCCUGGGAAAAGAGGGUUUUUCUUCAGGGAAACAUUACUGGGAGGUAGAGGUUGGGGACAAGACUGACUGGGAUUUAGGAGUGGCCAGAGAGUCCAUCAACAGGAAGGGAGAAAUUACACCGAAUCUUAAAAAUGGUUUCUGGUCUCUCAGUCUGUCCUGUGGGAAUGAGUAUAAGGCUCUCACUGACCCCCCUGUGUCCCUCCCCCUGAGUGUGAAGCCCCAGAAGGUGGGGGUGUUUGUGGACUAUGAGGAGGGUCAGGUCUCCUUUUACAGAAUGGAGGACAAGUCUCAUCUCUACACUUUCACUGGAUAUGAAUUCACUGAGAAACUCUAUCCAUACUUCUGGUCAGGCUUCCAGAGCUCAGCCCCACUCAUCAUAUCUCCUGUCAGUGACACAGACUGAAGAAACAGACUUUUGUUUUUAAUGUUUACAUCAUGAUGUCAUAUUCUGAUUUACUUUCCCUUCUCA